AUGGAUCCAGUCAAAUAUCUCUUUGAGAAACCAGCAUUGACCAGAAGAAUGGCCAGGUGGUUAUUGUUACUGUCAGAAUUCGACAUAACAUAUGUCAACCAAAAGUCCAUGAAAGGGCGAGCUAUCUCAGAUUAUUUGGCAGCGUAUCCUGCAGGGUCAGACUUACGACCGACAGAUGAUUCUUUCCCAGAUGAAGACUUAUGCCAUGUGGAAGAAAAUCAAGAAUGGCAGUUGUAUUUCGAUGGAGCUGCGAAUAAAAAAGGAUUUGGGGCAAGAGUUUUACUUGUAACCCCUGAAGACUUUUACUUACCAAUGACAUUCCGUUUGCAGUUUAAUUGCACCUACAACAUUACGGAAUAUGAAACCUGUGUCAUUGGCUUGGAAAUGGCAUUAUCUGUAGGAGUGGAAAAGAUCAAAGUUUUUGGAGAUUCUUCCGUCGUGAUCUGUCAAACUUAA